UUUGUUUACUCGACUAACUCUAAGACUGUAUCAUAUUCAUUUCAAUACACUGAUGGUAUGUAGGUCAGUCAAGUUGCUUUUGUAAUGCACGCAAAAGAUUUCCACCAAUAAAAAGGUAGCAAUUGAUUAGAACGUAUUUUCAUUGUUUUACAUUAAAAUUACACAAAAAGCAAAUAUCAUGAUCCAAGUUAGUUAGCAAGCACUCUUUCUAUGUCCUUCUCGACAGUAUGUGACGUAACAUAGCUUGUUUGUUUUUUUUUCAGAAUGUAUCAUUUCAUGGCAAGAAAUACGUGACUUUUUUGUGAUUUCUCUUUUUCUUUCCUAUCUCGACUCAACCAUGCAUAAAACAGAAGAAAAAGAAACAGCUGUCAAGCAAAGAGAGUGGUUACUUCAGGACAUCAUUCCACUCAUGUUGGAGAAACUAAAGAUUCGCCUGCAAGAAAGCAAAAGCAUUCUAAAGAGUUCGACUAAAUCUGAUUCUUUGCCCUUAGUUCAGAAUGAGGCUAUGAAAGGGUUUAUCACAGUCACUGGGUCUUUUAUAACAAAAGCUGAUCUAUCAAUUAAAAUGGCUAAUUAUCAUCAAGAAUCACCUAUCAAAGCGUCUAUCACAGACUCAGUGCCUUAUUUUUUAGAACAGGCACAACAAGCAACAAACUAUCUCUCCCUCGCUAUCAGUAGAAUACAUGACUAUAAAGCCCCUUCUUUCAAGCAAACAACUAUUGAGCUUUUAGAAGAUAUGUAUCAAUUUAUAGACCGUGCACUUCACGCAUUUGAUUAUCCUAAUGAAGCCUCCUUGUUUCCAUAUAAAGUUUGCCAUCCAAAAUUUUUUAGUCCACCUUUAAAACAAGAAUUAGUGAUUGAAUUCUGUAUACAAGAUGUAUUUAUCGUAUGUAAUGUGUAUGCACUUGACUACCAUUUCCUAAAGCAUGGAACAAAAGCAGGAUCAGAUCACCCGCAUGUGUAAGUUGAUAUUGUGUGUGUGUAUGUACCACUCAUGUAUGCCAUUAGUACCUAUAAAGACAAACCAGUCAUGGUAAUUGAAGAACUCAAGACACAGACUCAGUCACCCACAUUGACUGAACUAAAAAGCUCACUCAGACUUAUGCUGGAAUGGUGCCUCACAUAUAAACAAAUGCUUCUCCAAAUUGAAGCUUAAAAAAAAAGAAAAAUUAAGGAGAAUACGAUGACACCUCUUUUUUAUACUAUUUGUUUGUUUUGUUUGAUGCAACUGACGAUAUCAAGAAAGAUGAAUUCCAAAUUAGUUCACAUUAAGCUUGUUUAAAGUUAUGUAGCAUUUAGUGAUUUAUUUCUUUCUGUCUCUCUCUCUCUCUCUCUCUUUUUCCUUCUCUUUUUUUCUAUCAUUAUGUCUCAUUUGCU